AAGUACCCCGGAUCCUGCACAUACAAACGACAUAUCAAAGUAAGCUGCUCGAUUUGCGCGUCUACAGCCCAAUCCAUCUACAACCAUGUCUGGAAAGCGCCUUCUCACCUUUGGUGGUCUUGCCGCGGUCGGCGGGGGCGCGUACUACCUGUACAGCGCUGGAGGAGACCCGAAGCUUGCGCAGAAGCAGCUGGAACAUGAUGCCGCGUCUGCGUCCGCGAAAGUGAGGGGCGAGAUGCCCGGCCGCGAAAAGGAAGCAAAGAAGGCAGGCGAGGAGGGCUACGAGACGGUGCGCGCGAAAGCACAGAGCAUGGCCGACGAGGCCAAAGCCGAAGUGAACAAGGCCGGCAAAACGCUCGACGCCUACCGCCAGGACGCGGGCAAGAAGCUCGAGGAGACCAGGCAAACAACCGGCAAGGACUUCAAUGCGGCUGUGGACAAGUUCGACAAGAAGGUCACGGAAGGUGCAAGGGAGACAAAGAGCUGGUUUGGCUCUUGGUUCGGCGGGAAGUAAAGAGGAGUAAGAAUGACUGUGAACGCCAUUGAAGAGAGGUGGACGGCUGAUCGCGGACCUGUUAUAUCUUUAGUUGCCGCACUCCGAAUGAUGCAUGCCGGCACUCUGCAUAGGUUGUAGUGAUAGUAGGUCUUUUUGUCAUAGCAUCAACUCCAGUCUCACAUAUCCGUCUUCUCGUUAAGCUCCGUAAUCUUUGAUGCACUCGUAACAGUCCUACUUACGUUCUGGUUGGUUCUGUCCUGAUAUUUUACUUCUAGCGUCGGCGCUCAAUGUACAGCGCCUGCGCAUCCCUUCCCGCACCAUUUGAUACUCUUCAGUAUGCGCCAACAUUGCCC